CUAUCCUCUCCGCUCCGCCCCUCUUUCUUCUUCACCAAGGCCCCCACCCCCCAAACGGCCAAACCCCUCUUCCUCCCCUGCUCCGCUCCGGCCGGCCCAUGCGCCCGCGCCCCUGACCAACCAGGCUGCCGGAACCCUACCCGGCGCCGCGUGAUGCCCCCGCGGCCGUCUCUCCACUCGCUGCUCCUCAUGGCCGCCUCCGCCUCGUCGUCCGCCGCCGCGGCCGGCGGGGACUCGGGCCUCCUCCUCGCCGCGCGCCGCCGCCUCGCGGCGACGGCCGCCGCGGGAGGACACCGCAUCCGCCUGCUCCACUCGUUCUCGCCGGGACGCGUCCCCAGGCGGCCCGAGGUGGCCUGCUGCGUGCGCGGCGCACCGGACGCGCGGCGGUCGGCGCCCGCCCCCACUCCCCUGCGCUCAAGGAACGUUCAUUCAGCAAACAACUAUGCAGCUGCUUCUGAGGAGAGACUUGGGCAGCUCAUUCAGAAGUUGAAAAAUGAAGGUAUUAAUCCCAAGCAGUGGAGACUUGGAAAUUUCCAGCGCAUGUUGUGCCCACAGUGCAAUGGUGGAUCUAGCGAGGAGUUGAGUCUCAGUGUCUACAUCCGAAAGGACGGUAUGAAUGCAACAUGGAACUGUUUUAGAUCUAAAUGUGGCUGGAGAGGUUUUAUCCAGGCUGAUGGAGUUACCAACAUAUCCCAAGGAAAGACUGACAUAGAAAGUGAAACUGACCAAGAGGUUGAAUCUAAGAAGACGGCAAAUAAGGUAUACAGAAAAGUCAUUGAAGAGGACCUCAAUCUUGAGCCACUUUGCGACGAGCUUGUAGAAUACUUCUCUACGAGAAUGAUUUCAGCGGAAACACUUCGAAGGAAUAAAGUAAUGCAACGUAACUGGAAUAAUAAGAUAUCCAUUGCUUUUACCUAUAGACGUGAUGGAGUUCUUGUUGGCUGCAAAUACAGGGCAGUCGAUAAGACAUUUUCACAGGAGCCAAACACGGAGAAAAUUUUUUAUGGUCUGGAUGAUAUAAAGCGUGCACAUGAUGUUAUCAUUGUGGAGGGUGAAAUUGAUAAGCUGUCCAUGGAUGAAGCUGGGUAUCGUAAUUGUGUCAGUGUGCCAGAUGGUGCACCACCCAAAGUGUCCAGUAAAAUCCCAGACAAAGAACAGGAUAAGAAGUAUAACUAUCUUUGGAACUGCAAAGACUAUCUUGAUUCGGCAUCAAGGAUAAUAUUAGCAACUGAUGAUGAUGGUCCAGGUCAGGCUCUGGCCGAGGAACUUGCUCGUCGACUUGGUAAAGAAAGAUGUUGGAGAGUCAAGUGGCCAAAGAAGAAUGAUACAGAUACUUGUAAGGAUGCAAAUGAGGUACUGAUGUUUUUAGGUCCACAAGCAUUAAGAAAGGUUAUAGAAGAUGCAGAACUGUAUCCAAUAAGAGGCCUUUUUUCAUUCAAAGAUUUCUUCCCAGAGAUUGAUAAUUACUUUCUUGGAAUACAUGGUGAUGAGCUUGGUAUUCAUACUGGAUGGAAAUCUUUGGAUGAUCUUUACAAGGUUGUUCCUGGGGAAUUGACUGUAGUAACUGGAGUACCGAAUUCUGGUAAGAGCGAGUGGAUAGAUGCUUUAUUAUGCAAUAUAAACACACAAUGUGGGUGGAAAUUUGUUCUGUGCUCGAUGGAAAACAAGGUAAAGGAGCAUGCUAGGAAACUCUUAGAGAAGCGCAUUGGAAAACCAUUCUUUGAUGCUAGGUAUGGUGGGGAUGCGCAGCGGAUGACUCCUGAUGAUUUUGAAGCAGGAAAAGAAUGGUUAAAUGAAACUUUCCAUCUUAUCCGGUGUGAAGAUGAUAGCCUUCCAUCUAUUAAUUGGGUUCUUGACCUUGCAAAAGCUGCAGUUCUAAGACAUGGAGUGCGUGGUCUUGUGAUUGAUCCUUAUAAUGAACUUGACCAUCAGCGCCCCUCAAACCAGACAGAAACAGAAUACGUCAGCCAGAUUCUUACCAAGGUUAAGCGCUUUGCUCAGCACCAUUCAUGUCAUGUAUGGUUUGUUGCGCAUCCUAGACAGCUUCAUAACUGGAAUGGAGGCCCACCUAAUAUGUAUGACAUAAGUGGAAGCGCACAUUUCAUAAACAAAUGUGAUAAUGGAAUUGUCAUCCACAGAAACAGGGAUCAAAAUGCUGGCCCCCUUGAUGUUGUGCAGGUUUGUGUGAGGAAGGUGCGGAAUAAAGUGAUUGGACAAAUAGGAGAUGCUUUCUUGACAUAUGACCGGGUUACUGGUCAAUAUAAAGAUGCUGGUAAAUCCACUAUAGCAGCCGUAACAGCAGUGCAAAAUCGGCAAAACAGUUAUGCAAAGAGUAAAAAGGACAAUGUGGCAUAUGAGAUGCCAUUUCCACAUCCUGUUGAAGACGACUCAGUUUCUGCUGAAGACGAUGGGAAUAGUUUUGGUCUGAACAGUGCAUAAGAAAGACAUGUUCCUGCUGAUUUGCUGUACUCUUGUAUCAAUCAACGCAAGUGAGAUUACACGAUUGUUUCUGGGGAUGGCCUGUUGGAGCUCAGGUAGUCCUCAUUGAUGAACUGGAUUGGAAACCCCAGGUUUCCUCUGAUUCCUGCUGCAAAUGAGGUUCAAAGCUAAAACUUAGAUGCACACAAGACAUUUGCGGGGUGGUGUAUAGCAGUAAGCUUAUGUAGAUUAAUUGCCACACCAGGUGCUAUCCUAUGAACAUUUGGGUGGGUUAUAUCAGUAGCUAAACUUUAGUGCUAGGGUAGUAAGGUUAAUCAUGCAGGCCUUUGCCAAAAAAAAAGUAGCAUUUGGAAGGGUUUUUCUGUUCACACUUCUCCACACCUGACGAGGAACCUACUAUGUCUUUAAUGUGCCCCAGCCGCGAAUUCAGGUGUUCGUUUGACACAUGCAAAGCAAUCUACCGACCAUGUGCCGAGCAUUUUAGAUUGGGGACCGUCUCCGUCAAUCUGUUUUGUAACAGGAGCCGCGCUGCUGUGCUGUGCAGCUGGAACAAUUAGCAUGAAUGAAUGCAUCCAAAAUCUCAGAUCAUUUGCACC